CAGGAUGGAUGGAUCGGCCCUUUCUACCUUUUCGCGUGGCUCACGUUUAAGUCCGAAGCGAACCGCGAGUCAAACGAUGGCCGCAACAACGCUCGCCACAACGAACGAACCCAGCAACGGUAAGCCCGACCGUACCCGCGAAUCGUUGCCCAACGGUGGUGCGAUGGGAGGAGAGCGACGGGAGCGAAGGGAAACGACGGUACCGAACAGUCCACGCGAUUCACCGGCCGCAGCGAAUCGGAUCCGGACGUUUAUGGGCAAAACGCCGAGCGCUAUCAAGUCCAAGUUUCUGUCCGUGUUGGGCAACAGUACCGAAAUCAUUAACGGAAUCUCCAACAAGAUCGAUGCCGCCCUCAGUCUCACCUCGUCCUCCGAUACCGAAACUACGGCCAACCGCAACCAAAUGAAGGUGGACGAUAUGUUGAGACGAAAGUACGAGUCGUCCAACAUGAAACAUCCAGAUGAUGCCCGUGGUGAACAUCAAAUAGACUACGAGCUGCGUCGGGCGAAGGAGAGAAGAGCCCACGAGGAAGUCCUAUCGGGACGCUAUCGGAAUCCUGCCUUUUCGCAUUUAUUACCACCACCACCUCCACCUCCUCCACCACCUCCUGUUCCGAGCACGCCAUCACAACCGGUGCCAACAGCAACGACCACGGUCAAACCGACGACCACCAGCAGCAAAGAGAGCGAGGAGCGUGUUGCGGAUCGAGCACCCUCGCACAGUAUCAGUGCCGACUUUAGCCACAGCAACUACAGCCAGAACUCGUAUUCGCUCGAUUCCAAGUCGCCACAACCGUCCGCUGGUGGUGGACCCGAAGUCGGAGAACCGGCUCUAAAGAUGGCCAUCAACACCGUUCCCACUCCGGAUGGGUUUCCUUGGGGCAAAGACUUCCAUUACGGCCGAGAGCCACGGUUAGGUAUUCCAAGCAGUGCCUCCACCAGUGACAACGAAUCGUGUGCCUUCAGUGGUACGCUUGAGUCGUCCGAGCUAAAGAUGUGGAUACGGUCGGAGUCGGAAAACUCGGUACCAUCGUGGGCUUCGUCCAUCAGCCUGGACAGUCAGUCGGAGGAAGCGGUGCUGGACUUUAUGAAGCGAUUCGUGCGCAUUCUCUUCCACGAUAGCUCUAGCAUCACGCUGCAGCUAAAGUCAGACUUCGGACAGUACGCAAGGACGGAGACGGGAAGGCUAUGGUUUUCACGCCUGGUGAAUGCACAGCGCGCAAAAACGAAGCGUGUGGACGAGUCGACGUUCUACUCACUCAUCCAAUACUUUGCGAUCGUCCUGUUUGAGUGUGCCGAAAGCGAGGACUACUCUCCGGCCAAAACGCUUAUGAACAUGUGCUUUACCUUUUACCAUGAUAUCGAUGUGCCGGGCUGUGAUCCGUACCGGGAGUACCUGUACACUUAUCUGCGCGAUCAACCGAUCUGGCAAACGUUGCGCUUCUGGAAUGCGGCCUUCUUCGAUGCAUUGCAGAUGGAAAGAAAGCAUCGGCCGGUGCCUCCGACGGUUAAACAUUCGCCGAGUGCUCCAACGGCACAGGUAAAGCAUGCGGUUAAGGGCAGUACAACUCUCAACGCAGCAGACCCUUUUCUGGGGUGUACGGAAGACGGUACCACUAGUGCGACCACCCUUACUGUUCCGGAGAUGGAAAGAUCCUCCUCUACCAGUGCUUGUGAUCGUACAGAUCCAGCCGAACUGCAGGAGGACAAACAUUAUCAUCAGAAUCUUAGCUUCGGACAGUUAGGGAGCUUCACGUGCAAUAUGCAUGCAUUUGGACUUUCGCGAGAGUUGUGCAAUGAGUUCCUUGUGAAGCAGAGUGUAAUCGCGAACCUUUCAUCAGAGCAACAGAAACUUCUGCAAGAGAACGUCGAUCGUAUGUACCGCGAAACGGACCCCUGGAGAGAGAACUAAGA